AAAAAUCGACUAAAUCGCUGAGCAUUAUUCAGUUGUUUGUCGUGCUUCGGCGAUAGAGGAGCCCCUCUUGUGCUUGUACAUAAAUAUCUCAGAUUUCGAUUUCUCAGCUGCGAAAUGGACUUCUACUACAGACCCGGAUCUGCGCCCUGCCGCUCUGUUCUGAUGACGGCCCAGGCCUUGGGCGUAGAGUUUGACAAGAAGGUGGUGAUCAACACCCGUGCCGGCGAGCAGCUAAAGCCAGAGUACCUGAAGAUCAAUCCCCAGCACACGAUCCCCACGCUGCACGACAAUGGCUUCGCCCUGUGGGAAUCGCGGGCUAUCAUGGUUUACCUGGUGCAGAAGUAUGGCAAGGACGAUAAGCUCUAUCCCAAGGAUGUCCAGAAGCAGGCGCUGAUCAACCAGCGGCUGUACUUCGAUAUGGGCACGCUUUACAAGAGCUUUGCGGAUUACUACUACCCGCAGAUCUUCUUCAAGAAGCCAGCCGAUCCGGAGAGCUACAAGAAGAUCGAGGUGGCCUUCGAGUUCCUGAACACCUUCCUUGAGGGUCAGACCUACUCGGCUGGCGAGGAUUACAGCCUGGCGGACAUUGCCUUCUUGUCCACCGUUUCCACCUUCGACGUGGCCGGCUUCGACUUUAAGCGGUACUCCAACGUGGCCAAGUGGUACGAGAACGCCAAGAAGCUCACUCCCGGCUGGGAGGCCAACUGGGCCGGAUGCCUCGAAUUCCGCAAAUACUUCGACAACUGAAUCUUGUAGACUUCUUCGAUUUAUUGCACUGCGUUCUUGUCUCUUAUUAAUAAACUUCUAAGCUAGGGCUGACUAAAC